AUGAUCAUCAUUUUGUUUGGCGACAACAUUACCUUGGAAGUCAGCGGAAAUGUUGGACUAGCGCAAUUUCAAGGAAAGAAGAAUGGUCUGCUCUAUCUCACAACGCAUCGAAUGAUCUUCAUCAACAAGAAACAAGAUGAUGCCUUGAAAUCCUUCUCAUUCCCCUUCCAAUCUCUGAGAAAUGUGGAAUUGGAGCAACCAAUGUUUGGAGCCAAUUAUUUCCAUGGGGAUGUCCUGGCUCAGCCUGGAGCAUCAUGGAAUGGAGAUGCUAAAUUCAAAGUCACAUUCAAGUCAGGAGGCUGUAUUGACUUUGGGAGAGCCAUGCUUCGUGCUGCAAAAAUGGUGAGAGACCAAUUUGGGGACAUGCCACCUCCAUAUUACUCUCCUGGUGAUUAUGUUCCUGCUCCAGCCACCUACUAUGCUCCUCCAGUAUGGAUGCAGGAACCUGGCUGGCAACAGACAUUUGGCACUUCCUAUGGCUUUCGUCCUCCACAAGAUUCAGUCUACACAAUGGAUUGUCCUCCUCCAUAUCCUGGACUUGGAUCUGAUGCACAGCCUUCUGCUCCUCCAUUACCCAAAGAAUGGUGGCUCAUUUUUACUUGUACUAAGGCCCCCAAAGCACGUCUCAAAACCAUAUCUCAUGGAAUGUUUCUUCUAGGAGGUAAAGAGGCAGAAGCUGAAGCUUCAUCAGUUGCUACUGCUAAUGGUUACCAAACACAAUAUCAUCCUCCUCCCCCCAUAUAUGAGUCUGAUGAGCAAGAGAAGACCCCCAAAGGUGGAGGAGGAGGGGACAAGUCCAGACUCAUGACUGAGCUGUUUGGUGGCAAGGAUGACUCCACACCCCUCCUAUCCAACCUGUCCACUCUAGGAUCCCUUGGGGCCUCACGUGGAAGGGAGAAGGUCACAAGAAAGGCAUCUGAACCACCUGCAAGGCGACAGAUCAGUGGAGGAGGUGACUGGAUGGGGCUUGGGAUUUUAAAGCCCAAGCAAGGAGAUGAUUGGCUGUUGGGGGAAGCUAAGUCCAAGAAGUCACAAAGAUCUGAAACCCCAGAAGUGCCUGACAGUAGAACUGAAACUUCCAGACAAGAAAGGAUUCCAAAGGAAGAUCCACCUUUGCCUUUCUUGAAGACACCUGAACAAGCAAUCAAUAAAGAAGAAAGUAUGAAAGCAGCAGAUGUGCUGAACAUAUCAAAGAAGGGUGAAGAGCUUAUGGAGUCACUUUCACAAGACUCUCGAGCUUUGAAAGAAGAGAUCAAGUUCCAGUUUCAGUUCUUUAAAGAGGAGAUUGAGCUCUUGAAGAAGAUGUCAGUUGAAGAGAGGCAAGAAGGAUUCAAAAAAGAGCGAGAGUCUCUGGAAGAAAUGCACAAGCAGGAGAAGGAGAUGUGGAAAGGGAAUUGGAAAAGCCAAUUGGAUGCACUAGAGGAAUCUCUACGGAGAAGGGAGCAGCAGCUCCAGCGAGAGAGGGAGUGGUCUGAACAGGAACUCCAGUGGAGGAAGCAGGAAUUCCAAUCCGAGAAGGAAGACCUCAUCGAGAGAUACGAAGGACAGAUUCGAGCCCUGAGGGAAGAGCAUAGGGUGAAUUUGGAGCAUCUGAAGCAAAUGCACGAAGAGACCCUUGAGUCCAUCAAGAGCGACCAGCGUCUCACAUAUCAGCAUCUCAAAGAACUCAAGGAUGAAGAAAUUUCUGCCUUGCAAAGCAUGCAUUCCUCAAAUCCAAACACACAGGCCAAGAUGCUGGAAAGGAUGAUGAAGCGAAUGGAGGACCAUUUUCAACAAGUGGGGAUAAAGUUGGAAUCAGUGGUUGUGAAGGAACUGGCAGAAGUUCAAGGAAGCUUAAAGGAAGAGACAAGGCGCAUGGAGAAGCUGCAUUUGGAAUUGGAUCAGAAGAAAAAAGAAGUCUUGGAGGCUGAAAAACAGCUCCAUGCAGAGAGAGAAGCUUCGCAGGUUGAAACCAGGAGAGGAGGAUCUGCAGAUGCAAAAGAAGGAGAGAGGUUGAAGAAAGAGCAUUCAGAUCUGCAACACUAUGCUCAGGACUUGCAAGAGAAGGCGCUUAAAGUUGAUCUCUUGUACAAGAAGGCCAGUGAAAUGCGAAGAGAAGCGGAGAGAAUGAUGCAUCAGCAGCAGGAAGCCGAGAGGGGCCAUUUGCUGCGGGAGGAAAAGCUGAAGCAAAUGCUUGACCUCAUCAGCACAAGAGAAAAGAAACUUGUUGAGCAAAACUACCUUGACAUGUUCAUCAUUCCCCAGGAGAGUAUAAAACUAUCGAGGCAACUGGGCUCGAUACAAUCUGAGAAGAGGAGAUAUCUCUGUUUUCAGUGCAGAAAUCCCAUCAAGCGAAUCAGCCUUGGGCCUGCUGAUGGACAUGAGGAGUUGAGUUUGGGGAGAAAGCCCGACAGAGGAGUCCUGAAUCCAGCACUGUCCCAGUUGAAAGCAGCAGCUGCAAGAGACAGGGAAUACUUGGAUGGUGAAACCAAAUGGCUGCAAGGCGUUCAUGAAAAACUGCUUCAGAGACAAAGAAUGGUGUUUCGGGAAAGGGAUACGAACCAGCGUGACACAGAUUUUUGCCAGCGUGGUGUGGAGCUGGAAUACAAGGUGGCGUGUCGUCAAGGGGAUCGGAGCCAUUGCCUGAGUCUCCGAUUUUUUCGGCUUUUGCUCGUGGCCGAAAGCGGGUUCUCAACAAAUGAGGCAGGUUUGUGGCGAGAUGGGAUGAUCUGGGAUUGGCUAGAGUCACUCACCUUCCUCUCAUCUCAAUGGUUAUUUUCUUCUCUUAAAACAAAUGAGGCAGGUUUGUGGCGAGAUGGGAUGAUCUGGGAUUGGCUAGAGUCACUCACCUUCCUCUCAUCUCAAUGGCUGAAGCUCUUCUUGAAACAAUACGUGCCUCGAAUUCAUAUUAAAAUCUGGAAGAGAAAAAACAAUUGUACAAAGGCCUGUGGCUACCGUUUUGAAAACUGGAAGCAGUCCAAUGCGGAAUACGAGAGAACCAAGGGUGAGACGAGGGACUACGAACAACGAAAUCUUCCCUUCAACUCAAUAUGUAGUGUGUGUGAUGAUGAGUGUGGGAAUGAGCCAGGCCUCACUGACUUUUUUUGUUGCUGGUGUCAAAGAGCAGUGCAUGCAAAAUGCAAGCCCAGUCUUGGUGAUGUAUGUGAUCUGAGCAGGCACAGAACUUUUGUUGUGCCUCCAACAUGCAUAGAGCUGAAGCGAACAUAUCGUGUGCGCACUCAAUACAUUAUUGAGGAAGUUCGAGUCCCUCCCAUUCCCAAGUGGAGCCCUCUCAUAGUGAUAGCAAACAGGAAGUCUGGGAACAAUGAUGGUGCUUAUGUAUUAGCUGCCUUCCGUCGGGUUCUAAACGCCACCCAGGUGAUCGACCUGGCUGAGUCUGAUCCAAAGGAAGGCCUGAAAUGGUGUAAUUUAUUAGAGGAUGUUACCUGCAGAAUUCUCAUAGCUGGAGGUGAUGGGACAAUAGGAUGGGUCCUCAAUGACAUAGAUUCAUUACAGCUUAAGCAUCGUCCCCCAAUUGCAAUCCUGCCAAUGGGUACAGGGAAUGACCUAUCCCGUUUCCUAGGGUGGGGACCAGGACAUGCAGGUCCUGUUGAUCCCUUCCUAAUCAUUCGGCAGCUGACACGAGCAAAGGAAAUUGAAUUGGACCGAUGGAAGGUCACCGUGUCUUCCAUACCUCGCACUCCAAUGAGUCUCAAUCGCUUCAGACCAAGAUCCAAAGCCUUUUACAUGAACAAUUACAUGAGUAUUGGUGUAGAUGCCCUUGUCACCCUCAACUUUCACACAACCAGAGAAUCUCCCUUCUACUUCUCUAGUAGCCGACUUUUCAACAAGUUCUUAUACCUAACCUAUGGAACCAAAGACGUACUGGAGAGAUGCUGCAAGAAUUUGGAGAAGAAGGUGCAGUUGUUCAUGGACAAUGAAGAAGUCACCCUUCCUGAAGUGGAAUCAAUUGUUCUUCUCAACAUCCCUUAUUGGGGUGCUGGAGUGAAACCAUGGCAGCUUGGCACAGGCCACAUGAAUUUCCCACUGACCAGUGUCAGUGAUGGGAAGUUGGAGGUGCUGUGCGUAUUUUCUUCAUUCCAUAUAGCUCAGAUGCAGGUUGGGUUGAGUGAACCCUUCAGACUCGGUCAAGCAAGUGAAGUUCGGAUAAUACUAAAGGAGAAAAUACCAAUGCAAGUGAAUGGAGAGCCUUGGAAGCAAAGCCCCUGUGAGAUGUCUAUCUCCUUCCAUAACAAGGCUCCAAUGCUCCAGUUUGAGCAAGUGGGAAAGAAGCGAUCUGGCAUCCUUGGAGGUGCAUGUAGCUCUUCGAUCGCGCACGUGUGCUCCUCGCUCGUCGCCGUGAAGUUUUGCGGAUCCGCUCUGGAGAUGGGUCCUUGUAGUGGUGGUUUUGUCUGCGCGGCACGCCGGCUGUUGCUUCUCGCAUCGUUCUCCUUGUUUUUGUCUUCUUGGGUGGCAUCCGUAGAGGAUUCGUCGGCGAAAUCCUGUCCAAUCCUCGAUGGUCUUCAUUCGUUCCUUUGGAGGAGACUCUCCCAGAACGGUUUCCAUGCGGAUUUGGAAACAACAGUGGAGGUCAUGGGUACAAUGUGGUCUCCAUCAGGACCUUGCCAGGCUCUGCUUGUCUAUAUGAUCCCUACAGGGAUGUAUGCAGAUCCCUACCAGCUUCAGGAACUGCAAGAUAUCCUCCCGAAUUCCCAGUUCUUCAUUCCAGAGCAGGUCGAUAUAGAGAAGCCCGAGUUUGAGGCUCAACCCCACCGGCUCUUCAUCCUGACAUCUUUGAACAUCUCAGAGAAUCUUCUUUCAUCCACUGUGACAUUCCCAGUUCACUUGAGGUACCACAAGGCACAAGAUAGCCACGAAGGACCCAAUGUGGCAAAGGUGGAGCUGAAAGGACCCCGGCUUUUCUUGAGAUGUGAGGGCAUGACCCUGGAUGCCGGUUGUCGCAAGAAGACCAUUCGGGCCCCAUGCGAUUCCAACAAUUCCACCCAGUGCAACUGGCUCGCCCUCAAGUACAAGACGAAUUUGGCUAAAGUGUCCUUGAUUGUUCCCGUGGGUGACAUGGCCCACUGGUGGGCAGUUCUGCUCGGGACGGUCCUCGUCGUCUCGGGGGCCGUGGUCUAUCUCGUUGCAGUCCUUCGGAGACAUGCCAAGAAACUCAGAGCCAGUCCAGAAAAGACAAAGGCUGAAUGAUGAGGCCCUCAAUGCUGCACUGUUCAUAGGCUUGUCAGAUGUCUCUAGUUCUGAAAGAACCAGAGGGUCCCUGGGUACAUAAGCCUAUGCCAGAUUCUGGUUCACACCCAGUGUUUCUGCAUGAAAUUGACUUUUCUUUAUUUCUGGCAUAAUUUUUGAAGUGUCCUUGAAUUUAACCCCAUGUUGUUAAAACUGAACUCCUCCUACCCUAGAAACAAAAAGACUCAAAGUCGUUCUCCUAAUCCUUAAACCCUGGAUUCACUGUGGACCUGCUUUGCCAAUUCCAGAGAGAGAUAUGUACUCUGAUCCUAUUGUAUAGGUCAUUUUGUGACAAAAUACAAAGAAUAGAAAGUAACCAAAGAACGUGCCAUCCUUUUGGAAGUCCAUCAAAAGGAACCUCUCAGGUAGUCUUGGUUGUAAAGCAAAGGGCACUUGAUCAUGUUUGAGCAACGCCAGACAUUUCUGGAUGCCCAGUCACGACAGACUCCCUUAGCUAAAACUGUGAUAGGAUUACAGGACUAUAUAUCCUAUUCCCAUUUUGUCAUUGCACCAUGCAUUGCCCUGUGUCUUUGCACUCUGCUUCUGUACCGGUUUUGAUCUCAGUGAUGCGAGAAGCAAACUUUGUGUUUUCUGUGCGGUGCAUGCACUUUUUAUGCUGAAGGCCAGU